GAAAGGCCGCACACCUGUGCAUUUGUUUAGUGAACGCCAGAAUGGAUGCCCGCGCAACUGUCUUGUGCCUCGCCAUGUUCGCCGCGCUCGCGGCCGCUUCGCCGGAAACGGUGGAUUCGAAAUUGGAACACGUUGGGAGCAAACCGAAAAAGUUACACCUCCAAGAAGGAUUUUACGUCGAAGUGCCGAAAGAGAGCAACGCUACCGGGAAACUGCUGUCGUUCGGAGUCGAACUGAACAAGGACCAUGACGAGGGGCGAGGCAAGCAGAAGAAGUUGCUGCAGCGGAUCCUGCCGAUGUUCAUCAUGCCGUUCCUGAUCCAGUCGGCCAUCAUCCCCAUGUUCCUGGGCAUGCUCAAGUUCAUGCUGUUCAAGUCCCUGAUGGUGGGCAAGCUGGCCCUCAGCCUCGUCAUCCUCAACGCUUUCAAAAACCACAACUCCGUGAAGGGAAGAGAACGAGAGGACAUCGCCAGCGUCCACUACGGAUACAACAACAACGGCAUGGAAGAAUAUGGCGCAUAUGUUAACUAGUCGACAUUAUUUUUAGUAUCUUUAUAAGUAAGGUAGGACAAGAUAAAGUAAAAUAUCUAAUUUGUAGAGCAAUUAUGAACAUCGCGUGCUAAAACGAAAUGAAUCACUGUACAAAUAAUUGGUUUUCUAUGAUGAAUGAGAGAGCGAUCUCUCGGUCGCUUUUAGGCUUUGCAAUUUGUGUAUCGAUCUGUCACGGAUCGCGUGUAACAUUUGAAACGCGUUACAUUGCAUAAGCUUGUUUUUAUAUAACGCAGAGCUAGCAUUCGAAUUCCAGAAACAUAUCGAAUAUCUGGUUGUUAUCAUUCAAUAAUUAGUAUGUGGAGAAAAAGUGUGGCGGUCGGCGGUGGUCUUUAUUGAGGCGAGACGCACGCGCGGCGUGAAAGUCGCCGACUGCAGGUAAUGCAUUCAAUCUGACCAGAGGCGCCUAAUUCUGAUAAACUGAACCACAGAGUAAUAAUAACUAGUAACUGAACGAGCAAGGCCAUGAGCACGCUUUGCUGCUCCGAACAGAAAAAAGAGUACCUAACACUAUUGACAACGUACAACUUGAUUCGUUUUUUAAAACGGUUCUUGUUGACGGAACUGGCGAAGAAUAAAUAACAGAACUCCGCUAUCCAGAAUAAGGGCCGUGCUCCAUUUAUUGGCAACAAAAUAGUGGUUGUGGUCGUGUAGCUUUCUUGUGACAAAAAAUACAAUUAAAAGUGACAGUUCCAGUAACAGUAAACUUAGCUAACGCUAAGACUGUCGGUGCUAACAUUUUGGUUAAAGCUGUAGGUACUUUCACCAGUAGCAUUUUGGUUCUCAAGCGAAUAGUUAAGUUCGUAUAUUGCGAUAUAAAAAUGCAACGUUAUAAUCAAUAAAGAUUAAUGGUUGAGUGAGCUAGUUUCUGUAGGCGCGUAGGUAGAGACUAGAGAUAUAGAUCUUAACUAUAACAUAAAUGUAAUUUGAUGGGUUUUGUAAAACUGUCGGGAGAAACAUGUCUAAUAUAUUUAAAUUCAUUAAUGGAUAUUUUAUACGAAAAAUGCUGCGAGGCUUGAGACCUACUUUGAACUGUUUUGUAAGAAUUUUACCUUUCCUUUCGAAAGUGAAAAUCUGUGGACUCUGAUUUUAUUGCUAACCGUACCUCUGAUAUCCAGGGACUUAACACUAUAAAUUACUUGAGAAACUUUAUACUGCGCUGUGAAAAAUCAUUUAUUUUCUAAGGCCAUAAAUAGCCUUUCACUUAGGAUACCUAAUGUUAUGAUAUGAAGCGAUAUAAAGUGGUGCAAUUUCUAUGAUACCCGACUUAAGCCGACUAAAGUGAAAUCCAAUAAUUAUAGGAAUGCUUAUAAAUAGGUACACGUAAUGAACUUAUAUUUUAUUACACUCACUAGCAGGUACUUUAACUGGUUUCAAAACUGACGUCACGUUAAGCUCAACUUAAGUAUGACAGAUGAUAAUAAUAACGGCGUUGUGCUCGACUUACUUACUGAGCAGGACUUAAGUUCAUGUUUAUUAGGUAGAUUUUCUCAAAUGUGACUCACAUGAUGUUAAAAACAUUUCUAAAUUUUACUUUUAUUAUUGUGUUAUUACUAUUUAUGAUUGUUGCAAAGGCUAAACAGUUGAUCCUUUCUUGUCCUUCCUGUACAGAAUAUUAGUUGCCAAAAGUACUAGUUUGUAACUUAGCUUUUAGUGUAAAAUUCUUAACUUAUUCUAUUAUUUAUUGAAAGAAUCAAUUAUGACAUUCAUAAUUGGUUAUGUUAAUAAUUUAUUUAUGACGUAUUAAAUUAUUACCGAACUUUA